GUGGAUCGCUAUGGCAGUUCACUCUGGCGCAGGUGAGCAAUGGGUGUACCUGAAGGAGGAGGUCGAAGCCUACGUAAAGAAAAUGAAUGAAACGUACGGAGGUCGGGUCUUGACUUGGGGUAUGACUGGCGAUUACGCAUAUUGGAGAGAUCAUCCUCAUCAUACCGAAAGACCUCCCGUGAAUGGCGAAAUAGACUGGUCUGAGUACGCCAACUGCAACGGAAUCAAUACGUUGAGAGAACGAGAAACCGAUUGCACUGGGUUAUUCACUUGGAAUAUUCAAAAAGGCAUAAACACACCAUUCUAUCUCAGUGAAGUAUCUCUGGUUCCAAAAUUGUGCAAAGGACUAAGUCUCAUGCCAGUUAACUUCAAUGUCAGUGGUCUUAGGAAACAUUCAGAGGAGAAGAGGUGGGGUCACUCAAUCUCUGAAGUCAAGCGAAGGCUCGUUGAGCAUUGCGCAUUGAGCGUGAAGAUCGACUUCGACGGCUAUUUUGUGUACGACCUGUCAAACACACUUGAUGGCAAUUUCCAGUGGAUUGUUGUGAGCAUCACUAAACUGGAAGAUGAGUCCAAAGGUCUCGUGACAAAAGGCGGGAAGCUGACGUACUUCGCGCAAGGCUCUUAUACGGAGCAAAUAAGUUGUGAUGAUGGCGUGAAAAGCGGAAAAGUAGGCUGAGCAUGUAUUCUUAAAUAACGUACUCUAACGCCAAAACUAUGUUACUACAACUGCUGGUGAAAAAUAUCUUUAUAAUUAUGUAACAGUGAUCUGUUACUUAUUAUUGUGCGCAGCGUAACAACGAAAUAAAAGGC